GCGUAAGUAGUAAGUACUGAUAAAAGAAAUCAUUUCGCCGUAGCUACCCACCCGGAUCGUCCGUUGUUUUCCAGUCAGAUAACAUUGUUUACGAACUGGCUACAAUCUUUUAUUUGCGGGUGGCGAAAUUUGGAACUACAGUAAUUAUAAGCAAUUUACAAAGUGUAGCGAAGAAGGCAGAGCUACGGGCGACCGCAAAUAAGUUUGUUCUAAAUUCAAAAUGGCGCUGAGAAGUAAAGGUGUAUUCAUAGUUGGCGCGAAAAGAACGCCAUUUUGUGGUUAUGGCGGGCCUUUUAGAGAUAUGCCAGCUUCACACAUUUUCGCAUCUGCGGCUAAGGCAGCGAUUAUUUCAGCCAAUGUCGAUCCUAAUGGCAUCGACAAUACUGUCGUUGGAAACGUUAAUUUUUUGAGCCAAUGCGACGGCGGAAAGACCGCCAGGUACUGUGGCCUGUAUUCAGGAGUGCCAAUACACAAGCCAGCUUUGGGAGUCAGCAAAGCAUGUGGGACUGGUCUUCAGGCUAUUAUUACGAGUGCUUUGGAUAUCUUAACAGGUUCAGCAAAAUUAUCCCUAACAGGCGGGACAGAGAACAUGUCCUCUCUCCCUCUCUUAGCCCGCAACAUCCGCUUUGGUACUUCUUUGGGAGCAUCUUAUAAGUUAGAAGAUUACAUAACGGAGCAGUACUUGGAUUCAAAUUUAGGGUUGACGCUGCAGCAGAUGGCUGAAGAGGUGGCAAAGAGCUGUGGAGUAUCGAGGGACGAGGCGGAUGAGUUUGCUCUACAGAGCCAUUUGAAAUGGAAGGCAGGUUAUGAAAACAAAGUGUUCGACGACGAAGUAGUAAGCGUAAAAGCCAGGAUGAAGAAAAAGGAAGUGCUGGUGGUGAAGGACGAACUCCCACGGACUUUCAUCACCGAUGACCACCUUAGUAGCCUGCCUCCUGUUACAGGACUUUCGAUUGUCACUGAAGGGAAUUCCUCGAGUCCCGCCGACGGUGCUGCUGCCUUACUCCUAGCGAGCUCGGAAGCCGUGAAAGAGCAAAACCUUCAGCCGCUAGCUAUAGUAGCUGGAUGGGCCUGCGUUGGGACAGACCCAAAGGACGCGCUAGGGGCAGUAUCGGCUGUUAGGAAACUGUUGGAGGUUACGGAGAUGGCUGUGGAUGACGUGGACUUGUUUGAGAUCAAUGAAACCUUCGCUACUGCUACGCUAGCCACAGCCCGGGCGCUCCAUAUAGAAGGCAGAGUGAAUCGGCACGGGGGCGCCUUGGCUGUGGGCCAUGCCCCUGCCGCGACCGGCGCUCGCAUGGCAGUUCAUUUGGCGCACCUAAUUAGCCAGAAUAAAACAAAAAGGAGUAUAGCAGCCUCUAGCUGUGGAGGUGGCCAGGGAGUAGCCAUUAUGUUUGAACACAUUUAA